AUGGACAAAAGUUGGAUGCAACUGACCGAUAGACUGUUGUCGACACAAUAUGCGGAAGGGGUCCAACAGUUUAUCUCUCAAGCACGAAACCACGCAGUUGGAACUAACUGCACUCGCUGUCCAUGUCGGGAUUGCUAUAAUAAUAUCUUCCUCCCUAUAGAAGAGGUGGAAACACACUUGUUCAUAAAUGGGAUUAAUCCAAAUUACCACCGUUGGAUAUUUCAUGGGGAGGAAGAAAUCUUGGAUGUCAGUGAUGAGGACCAAACUGGGCCAUAUAGUGAUGAAGAUGACUAUAUUGAUGACAUGAAGCAGAUGCUAGGUGACAUUAGGGAAGCCACGUUCAUGAAUACACAAUCAGACAAUGCCGGACCUAGCACCCAACCACCUAUGACUGAGGCAAACACUUCCUUCUCAUUCGACAAGCUAUUGGAUGAUGCCCGGCAGCCACUUUACCAGGGGUGUAAACAGUUUUCGAAGCUCUCAUUUAUUGUGAAGCUGUUGCACAUUAAAACUAUCGGGGGUUGGUCAAUAAAGUCAUUUGACCUUCUCUUGAAUUUGUUAAGGUCUGCAUUUCCCAAUGCUCUUUUGCCGAGAUCAUAUGAAGAGUCACGGUCACUUCAGUGGGGGUUGGGUUUCAAUUACCACAAAAUCCAUGCUUGUCCUAAUGAUUGUGUACUAUUUUGGAAGGAAAAUGCCGAUAAGGAUGAGUGUCCAAAAUGCAAGGCCCCUAGGUGGUUGGCCGAUGCACAAGGGAAUCGUCUAAUCCCUCAAAAGGUGUUGCGUCAUUUCCCUUUGAUGCCAAGGUUGCAACGCCUCUAUAUGUCUACUAAGAUAUCCGCUGAUAUGAGAUGGCAUAAAGAGCAACGAGCUACAAAUGAUUCCAUCAUGAGACAUCCUGCUGAUUCAGUUGUGUGGAACAUAUUCGACAAAGAUCAUAGUUGGUUUGCUGAAGAUGCUCGUAAUGUCAGGCUUGGUUUAGCAAGUGAUGGCUUCAAUCCUUUCAACAACCUUGCAAAACCUUAUAGCAUAUGGCCCGUUAUCCUCGUGCCAUAUAACUUGCCUCCGUGGUUGUGCAUGAAAGAGCAAUUCUUCAUCACGUCGCUCAUUAUUCCUAGGCCAAGAUCGCCAGGAAAUGAUAUUGAUGUAUACUUGCAGCCUUUGGUUGAUGAGUUGAAAGAGCUUUGGGAGAAUGGCGUGCAUACAUAUGAUGCCUACAAGAAGGAAACCUUCACUUUGCAUGCGGCUUUAAUCUGGACAAUAAAUGACUUCCCUGCAUAUGGAAAUCUGUCUGGAUGGUCAACUAAAGGAAAAUUGGCAUGUCCCGCUUGCAAUGCUAGUACAGAUUCCAAGUGGUUGAAAUUUGGCCGGAAGCACAGCUACAUGGGACAUCGUCGGUUUUUACCAACAAACCACCCGUGGCGGAAAAAAAAAGCUGCUUUUGAUGGUUGUGAGGAUCACCGGAUGCCUCCAAGUAUAUUGUCAGGUCCAGAUAUUGUAAGUCAACUCACUCUUCUUGGGGAUGUGGAAUUUGGCAAAUGCUUUAAGAAGAGGAAACGCACUGCUCAAGAGUUGAACUGGACUAAGCGAAGCAUAUUCUUCAGCUUACCAUAUUGGUCAACACUUAAGCUUCGACAUAAUCUAGACGUUAUGCAUAUUGAGAAGAACAUAUGCGACAGCAUACUUGGCACAGUAAUGAACAUUCCCGGAAAAAGUAAAGAUAAUAUAAACUCUCGCCGUGACUUGGCGACCUUGGGUAUAAGAAAGGAGUUGCAUUUGACGCAUCAAGGUGACCGGUGUUCGAUGCCACAUGCAUGUUUUACUCUAUAUGGCCAUGAGAGAAAAGCUUUUUGUGAGUGGUUGGCUGACGUUAAAUUUCCAGAUGGGUUUGCGGGAAAUAUUUCACGCUGUGUUGAUGUUGGUGAUUGCAAGAUUUCUGGGUUGAAAAGCCAUGACUGCCAUGUUUUCUUCCAAAGACUACUCCCUAUUGCAGUGGGGGGGGGUGUUUAA